AUGACAUCUAUUCAAGUUGAACGACAUUGGGAAGCGAUGAAAAUAGAUACACUCACUGAUAAGCGUGUGGUGGCGAGCGAUAAAAAAAGAAACUCAUCAGAAAGCCAUACAAACGCAAUUUUGUUUUUAAAAGAAAUAAUGAUGAAUCAUAAUUUUCGUGUAUCGAAGUCAAAGUUGCCUGGAAGUGUGGCAAGAAGCGUUGCAUUGAAAUUAACGCUGACUACUUCUCGCGUUUACUUGCGAGAACGUCUCGAAUCUGAUGUUACGAUUAUUGUUACUGCAAAUUGUUGGCUUUAUUGCCUUCUUUUAUCGCGAUACGUUGCAACCAUCACAGCAUGUCAACUUCAAGUUCUUCUCUGA